AUGGGAGACGUGAUGGGCAUUCUGCGGGGUCGCCAGUCGGACACAGAUGAAGCAGACGAUGAGGGGCACAUUCACUCGGGAAUACCAAGUUUGGCGAUCGUUUGCGAUUUGCUUCUACGGGCGAGACACAUAUUGUCUGCCUCAGAACCAACGUAA